UGUGUCUGCAGGUGGUCACCUCUGCUCAUAAAAAUUUGCAUAUGACACAUGCAAUAACUUUAUCAACCACACCUUUUCUGUGAAUCAUUAUCUCGGUGUUACUGGAAGACUAUUGCGACAUCAAAUGGUCAAGUUCCACAGAACCUUCACCCCCAAAACCAGCAUUUAGCAAGAAAAAUGCUAUGGUUUCCACCAAUCCAGAAUUUUUUGUAAAAAGAAUAGAACAGACUGGAAAUACACUGCAGCUAUGAAGAAAGCAACAAACUUGAUGUCUCAUCAGAGCUUUAGGUUCUGUGUUUUGGACUCUUCUGUAAUGGCCUUUUAAAUAUCCAGGCUGCUUGUUCUAGACUGUUUAAAGUAGAGUGUUUAGCUGAAACAUCUGAUGAAUAUGUUUCAUCUUAAUGUUUAUCACUGCUGGAUAUUUACAGAAACAACGGCUGCAGUUCCUAUCUUCACAAACUUAAAAAAAACCCCAACAUCUGACUAAACAUCCUGUCAGCAAUCUGCCUUUAACUUGCAAUGUACAGGGUGGAGCCACAAAUUGCCUGUGUUUGUGAAUUGCACCACAUUGAACGAGUUGAUUGGUUUCAAUAACCGAUCUCCUGUUAACGGCAAAAUGACAGAUUCUCAGACUGGCUCAGGGCAUUGCCUCAAAACAAGAGUGUUGAUUGUAACAGUGCAGGAAUUCAAUUCCAACUCAAACCUUUCAAAAAGGGUUGGAGCUUCAAGGGACACUAAGGAACUUCACAAGGUGCUAUUCAAACUGGGCUUCCAGGUGACGUUUAAGAUCGAUUACACAGCAGAGGAGAUCCUGCAGGAGUACAAACAAGAAAGCUUGCGCGAUCAUGGAUCCUGCUUUAUCUCAAUAAUCUCCAGCCAUGGUGAAGAAGGAAUAAUUUAUGGAUCAGACGGUUGUCCUGUAAAGCUCCAAGAUAUUUAUUCCAUGUUUACACCACAGAGCUGUCCCUCGCUGGCUGGAAAACCAAAGAUCUUCUUCAUCCAGGCUUGCAGAGGGCAGCAGCCCGAUGAGGGUGUCUAUCUGCAAACUGAUGGAGUAACUGAAACAGACAGUGGCUGCGCCAUACAGAAUGCCUACUCACAUUAUGAAGCAGUGCCUGAAGACACCACGGUCCAUUUCUCCACCUGCUCUGAUUAUGCUGCCUUCCGCAGGCCUGGAGAAGGCUCCAUCUUCCUCCAGACUCUAUGUAAGGUGCUGAUGGGGGAGCAGAGACACUGGGAGCUGCUGCGGAUCAUGACUCGGGUUAAUGGGCUGGUUGCUUGGACCUUUGAGUCCAAAGGAUUGUUCAUGGGCAAGAAGCAGAUGCCUUGCUUCGUCAGCAGGAUGUGCCAUGAGAUCUUUCCAUUUUCUGACAGACCGACUCCAGCUGUCUCCACAGCCUGCAUAACUACUGCCUCCACAGCCUGAAUAACUACUGCCUCCACAGCCUGCAUAACUACUGUCUCCACAGCCUGCAUAACUACUGCCUCCACAGCCUGCAUAACUACUGCCUCCACAGCCUGCAUAACUACUGCCUCCACAGCCUGCAUAACUACUGCCUCCACAGCCUGCAUAACUACUGCCUCCACAGCCUGCAUAACUACUGUCUCCACAGCCUGCAUAACUACUGCCUCCACAGCCUGCAUAACUACUGCCUCCACAGCCUGCAUAACUACUGCCUCCACAGCCUGCAUAACUACUGCCUCCACAGCCUGCAUAACUACUGCCUCCACAGCCUGCAUAACUACUGCCUCCACAGCCUGCAUAACUACUGUCUCCACAGCCUGCAUAACUACUGUCUCCACAGCCUGCAUAACUACUGCCUCCAGUCAAUGACCACUGACUGCAUCGGUGUUUCAUGCAAAAACAACUUGUAUUAACAUUGCAUUGUUAACCAAUUAAAACGUCUCAAAGCAUUUGACAGAAAUACUAUUAAAAAAAG